CGGAUUUUUUCGUAUUCGUUCUUUAUACAUUCACUCUUUUCUCAUUCAUUCUUUACCAACAAAAUGCUCUACUCCGGACUUCCCGCCAUCGUCUUGGCCAGCUUUGCGGUCUGUGCCACGGCACUCUCUGAUCUUGACGGAUCCGUUUGGGCAAACCUCGACUCCAAGCAAUCCAAGCGCUCGUUUCAAUACCAGAGCCGAAACCGCCCCGUCAAGCGUGCCAGUGGAUGGAGCCCGCCCUCUGACCUGGCAACCCCCCUUACUGAGGUCUGGGACCAUGUUGUUUCCACUUACGACGGUGGAGCUGAUGGAAAUGUCAACUGGGGCUGGCACCAGGUCAUGGCCAAUGAAGGCAAAUUGAACAUUUGCGUUCGCUGGGACUCUAACCAGACCGUCACUGAGGCCGAGCGCGCCAAGAUUGCCACCGUCUACAACACCCAGUACCAGAAGUGGUUCAAGUGGGUGUAUGGCUACAACGGCUUCCUUUACUCCAAGGUCGACGUCAACAUUGUCGGCUGGGCUGUCUCCGACAAGAGCCUCCUUGAGGGCUCUACCACUGGCUACGAUGUCUACACCGACCUUGACGCCGACGGUAUCCCCAUGUGCAAUAUCGGUUGCUCCCGUGACGCCCACCUGGACAGCGACUACAGCGCCUGUGAAGGCGGAGCUGACCACCACUUCGAUCAGUCUCUCUGGCUUACCGAGGGUCUCGAUGGUGGUUACGGCUACAGCUGGGGUCAGCAGGUCGGCCGCGAGUACUUCAUGAACAACAUUGACUCCGAGAACAUCCACAUCCUCCUCCACGAGAUGGGCCACACCUUUGGCCUGGACGAUUUCUACGACUGGACCCCCACCGGUGUGACAAACUUCAUCAUGCUUGCUGGCGCCUCGAUGGAAAUCACCGACUUUGACGGCUGGAUGUACCGCAACUGGUGGUACUAUCUCUCUGAGAAGAACGGCUGGUCCUCGAGCAGUGUAGUGUCAGCAUCGGAAAGCGCAACGGCCUCUGAAGCUGCGGCUACCACGACCGAAGCCGUAGCUGAAGAUGUUGAGGAUGUUGUUGAGGAGCCUACAUCAACUCUAAAGGCAACCUCUGCCGCCUUUUCCGUAACUGAGGCUGCUACCACCUUCCAGGCCGUUACCACCUCCGAAGCUCCCGCUACUGUCUCCCCCGUUGCGCCUGAUGUUACCCCAUUCCUGCCAACCCCUAACCGCAACUCGACCCCUGUGGCAACUCCUUCUUCGACCCCUUCGGCUCUCCCCGAGAGCGGCUCUGCGGGACGAUGGGAGGCAUGCGGUGGUGGUUCAUCUUACAAGGGUGCCACCAAGUGCGCUUCCGGACUUAAAUGUGUCAAGCACAAUGACUAUUACCACCAGUGCCUGUAAUCUCCGUUAAUUUGAGAGAUUUCGGAAAUGGUGCACACCUGCUUCAACUCCACUUGAUGGUUUAAGGUGUAUGAGAAAACAACCGGGCACUUGCCCUUACCUUCUGUAUUAGUAUAGUGCAGCUAUCCAGCUGGCUGUAAUGCAC